AUGGAAGAGUACCUGCGAUCCUGGCGGCAAGACGCGUUUAAUCGCAGCCAACAUGAAUCUGCUAUCUACAUUGGGGACAAGGUCCUUGCACUCACAAACAGCGAUGGGGAUGCAUUUUGGCUGGCUCAAGUCCAUUUCUCCAACAACAACUUCACACGCGCGUUAGCUCUUCUCUCCCGCGGCGACCUUGUAGCUCGAAACCCCGCCUGUCGUUACCUUGCAGCCCACUGCUACAUUAAACAGAACCAAUUCGAACAGGCCCUCAGUAUUCUGGGCGAACACAAUCCCACGGACUUGAUCCGUAACAACGACAAUAGCCGCCGGAAGAUCCAGCAUCUAAAUGGGCAAAGCCAUAUCACAUUGCGCAAUGGGAAAACACCAACAAGUCGCGGCGAGCGGAUGGAGGACCCAGAAAAGGACGAUGAUAGCAGCAUUCGAUUUGAAGCAUCCAUGUGCUACCUGCGAGGUCUCUGUUUUGCGAAGCAGAAUGCAUUUGACCGUGCCAAGACCUGCUACCAGGACGCGGUGCGAAUCGAUGUGCAAUGCUUUGAGGCAUUUGACCAGCUCAUGAAGAACUCACUCAUGUCCCCCACUGAGGAACUUGAAUUCCUCGAGUCGCUAGAUUUCGAUUCAGUCCCUUCACCCGAUCCUACCGUGGCCCAAGAAGCAGCCGACUUCACUAAAAUGCUGUACACCACCCGUCUCUCCAAAUACUCCUCACCCACGAUCCUGUCGAAUGCAACCGAAACCCUUUCGACUCACUACAACCUCGCCCAGAACCCCGAUAUAUUGCUGUCUCGUGCUGAAACGCUAUACACCCAGUGUCGGUUCGCAGAAGCCCUAGAGCUGACCUCUUCCAUUCUCUCCACCGCCCAGUCGAAUGACCUAACGAACACGAAUAAUAACGGUAUUCCGGCGCAUAAUAACCUGGGCCAUGCGCCCGCAGUCUACCCUCUUCAUCUGGCCUGUCUCUACGAAACAGGUGCCACCAACGCCCUUUUCCUGCUCUCACAUUUACUGGCUGAUCAUGCGCCGGAGGAGCCUUACACAUACUUGGCCAUUGGAAUCUACUACCUGGCGGUGUCAAAAAUUGCAGAGGCCCGGCGCUUCUUCUCCAAAGCUUCUUUACUGGACCCCCACUCGGCACCAGCAUGGAUUGGCUUUGCCCAUACCUUUGCCGCAGAGGGUGAGCAUGAUCAAGCAAUUGCGGCCUACAGUACAGCCGCCCGGCUUUUCCAGGGUAGCCAUCUGCCACAACUAUUCCUAGGGAUGCAGCAUCUGGCCUUGAAUAACAUGUCCCUGGCCAGCGAGUAUCUCUCUGCUGCUUUUGCCAUGUCAACAGGAUCUGCCCCAGGCAAUACCCCUACUCCUGGUAAAUCGCCAUCGACACCUCUCGGCGGUGAUCCUUUGGUUAUCAACGAGCUUGGGGUGGUGCAUUAUCAUCAGAAUAACCUUUCAUCUGCAGUCGACCUAUUCCGACAAGCGCUGAAGUUGGCGGGCUCUCUUCACUGCGAACCAGGGGCCUGGGUCGCGACCCGCGCCAACCUGGGUCAUGCCUUGCGCCGGAUGGGAAAUCUUCGGGAAGCUCUGCGUGAGUUCGACGAGUGUCUACGUGUAGGUGCCGGGGGUAGCAGUAUGGGCUACUCACCAUUCUUGGGUGGUGGUGCGGGCGGGUCCGCCGCCGUCGCAACUGCCUCUGGGGUUGGGGGCUAUGAAGACCGGGGAUUGGUUGGGUCGCUUCACACCUCGAGGGGUCUGCUCCUGCUGGAGCUUGGGCGUACAGGCGAGGCCGUCACAGCCUUGCACGAAGCUGUCCGGGUAUUAGGAGCUAGUGGGGGUGGGGAUGCGGCCGGGGGUGCAGGUGUUGCAGGGACGCUACUGUCACGAGCACUCGAGCUCUGGUCGAUGGAGGGUCGUGAGCAGGAUCGACAAGGCCUCAAGGAAUUGGAGGAAGGGAUCCGACCUUCAAAAUCACAUUCUAACAGUGCAAGUUCGUCAUUCCGCUCUCGUGAGACCCGCAGGGAACGCCCAGCACCUGAGCCACGACGACGUCUUCAAGCAGAAUCAUACCAGGAAGAAUGGACAGACGAGGUCACACAUGCGACACCCGACGCAUCUGGAUCUGGGACUAUGGAGCAGCAUAUUGAGAUGGACCUGGAUGAGGAGGCUGAUGGACUGUUGCGACGGGCGUUGGGGCGGGUGCGCCCUGGGCGCCGCCACCCGGCCUUACCCGCCACCCCGGACACGGAUAUGCAUGAGACCCCCCCGGUUCGGAGUCGGCAUCGAUAUCGUCGAAGUGAAUCUCGACAAUAG